CUAAAUGUUUCUGAUCUGAUCUAAAUGUUUUUGAUCUGAUCUGAUCUGAUCUGAAACUUCCUGAUUUGAUCUAAAUGCUUCUGAUCUGAUCUGAUAUGAAAAUCUGAUCUGAUUUUUUUAUGUGAAUAAAAAUAGUCUUUCUCCAGGUUUGUCUUCCUCUUCCAAAGUCUAUUCUCCUUCCUCUUGCGGCUCUUCUUCCAAAGUGUUCUCUUUCCGCAAAGCCAAAGACUGUUUAUUCAGCAGUCUUCUCCAGGUUUUUCUUCCUCUUCCAAAGUCUAUUCCCCUUCUUCCUCUUGCUGCUCUUCUCCAGGAUUAUUUUUGGAGUCAUUGAGGCUGAUUCCAGAUCACAUUUCACAAUGGCUAAUGAUGAUGAUGAUUUCACCUUUUGUCAUGUUGUUGUUCAUAAUGACCAAGAGGGCACUGGAGCGGAAAAAGUUGUUCAAGAUGUAAGUGGAAUCAGAAUAAAUGAUGAUUCAUCAAAUCAUGUUGCUUCUAGCGAGAAUACUAGUGCCACUGGGCAUGAAAAGUCGUGCCAUAAUGCUAACUUAAAGAAACAAGAGACUGGUUGCUCUUUGUCUAUUAACACUAUAGACACUUCAGAAAAACAAGUGAGUGAAAGUUCCAAUCCAGGAGCAUCAGAAGGCACUAAGACUUCACUUAAGGCUUUACAGGACCCAAUAAAUUAUGCAAGAAAGCCUGCUCCUCGAGCCAAGGUACCCUUUGAGAAAGGGUAUAGCCAGAUGGACUGGCUUAGGCUUACAGCGACGCAUCCUGACCUUGCUGGAAUAAGGGGGGAGUCAAAUCAAAGACUCAUAACUAUAAAUGAAGUUAAGCAGCACCAAGGUGAGGGUUCAAUGUGGACCGUUCUGAAAGGCCGUGUCUACAAUAUUUCACCAUACAUGAAAUUUCACCCUGGAGGUGUUGACAUGCUGAUGAAAGCAGUUGGCAAAGAUUGCACAGCUUUAUUCAAUAAAUACCAUGCCUGGGUUAAUGCAGAAUUUUUAUUGGAGAAGUGUCUUGUCGGUAUUUUAGAUGAGAGCCAGUGAAGAUUUUUGUUUCUAUGCUCUGUGAUUCAAGAAUGGUUAUCUGCAGAAAGUAGAACCAUGUUCAGUAUACGGGCGCGCUUAGGAACACAUUGGAAUAAAGGUCUUAAAAAUUGUUUGCCUCAUCUGCUGUGGGAAUAACACAUUGGCUGAAAGAUUUCCUAUCUGGUUUUAAGAUACAAGCCCUUACACUGGGAAUGCUGCUAGCUACUUUUUUGUACUAUAACAGACUAAUUGGGUGUGUGUGUGACAGAAAUCAACAGUUGACCUUGUGGAUGUAUGGACGUAUGGUACAACUAUACUAUAGCUGCUCUUGGAUCAUUCUAUCAUAAGUAUAUCAUUUCAUGAUUUUUU